CACUCUGUUCUCGAACAUGUAUCAGAACAAAUGAAGCACUUUUCUAUAUAUGUAACGCAGAAAACUAUCCUGUGGUUUCAAUCUCCAUUACACUUACUUGAACAUCCAAAUAACAACACAACAGAACCACACAACAGAACCACACAACAGAACCACACAACAGAACCACACAACAGAACCACACAACAGAACCACACAACAGAAUCACUCGACAGCACCACUUGACAACUAGCAUAUCAGGACCAACAACUCCAAACGCCAAGAUGUGUGUAACCACCGAGAGACACUCGACUGUCUGCGGACACAAAGCUACUUAUACCAAAGUCUGCAAGAAGAAAGGUAAAUCGGUUUUCAACAUAUUCCGCUCCAAAUGUGCACCCAGCAAACAGGGAGCCAUGAUAUACGAGCUGUGCCACGACUGCAGGCGGUUCUGGCAAGCAUACGGCGUGGAUGAAAUUGAAGCCACCGAACGGACUAGCAAUUACCGGGUCCAACAUAAGUAUUACGGACCCCUUUCACCGCACUCAUUUAGCAAUACUAGAAAGCCCGUUCUCUUGCGAGAUGGAGAGUUGGAGACGGGGGACCCAGUGGUUCAUCUCGGGAUCCCAACAGCGGGACCUAGUGAAGUCCCUAAGAGGCGGCUGACAGAGAGAUCGGUGAACAGGUACGGUGAUCCCAUGGAGUCGGUGCUGCGAGCAAGGGACUAUCAGGAGGAGCUGCCAAGGUGGAUGGACAGAUGGACAGUCGGAGAGGCAUCAACAUCCAGGCCCAAGAGCGCGGAAUCCACUGUGACACUCUGGCCUACAGCCGAGAACCAAGACCUAACAGAGCCAGAAAAUACGGUCGAGAUGCAUGGCGGAAGAGGGGACAACGCUGGCUCCGGGAGUAUCCACGGCUUCCUCAACGAUGCCUUCGAGUAUGAAGGAUUGGCGACCCGUCUCAAAGCAACGACCGUCAAUCCAGAUGGCUUUGAACUACAACCCCUCGGGAGACCAGCAUCGGUGGCACUCCGCGCAGAUGGCGUUGAGAGACUGCACCCAGCUCGGGCGCUGCCUCCUCGACAAAUCCCGAGAAAUCUGCUCCCCACACCCAACACUCCAGAUCUUGACAAGCCACUACCGCGAGCCCCAAGACAAGGCUCACCCAUGCCGGGACGGAAAUUCGAUAGUCAAAAUCCAGAGAGGGAUCUGCCGGCCAACUUGUACUAUCCAAGAGCCUUUUAA